AUGUCUUUUAUCAAUUCAUCUGGUGGUCACCAAGUUCCCCGUGCUCCCUCGGAUAAGCAAUUGACUUCGUUUAACAGAAGUGCUACUCUCCCAGCGAAGGUCCAACAAUCCGCCUAUCUCAACUCGCACAACACUGGAACACUCCAGUCCACCGAUGGAGUCCGAUUCGACAGCGACAAAGAGACACCUAACGCGGAGAAGAAAAUCAAAAAGAAGGGAAGCUUUCGCAUUCCUUCGUUUUCACGAAAGAAGAAGCAUUAA